AUGGAUGAAUUCAUUGAUGAAAGACAGUCAGCUUUCAUUAAAGGAAGACAUAUACUUCAUGGGAUCCUGAUUCUUAAUGAGGUGGUGGAGGAAGCAAUGAGAAGCAAGAAGCCAGCAAUGAUUUUCAAGGUGGAUUUUGAAAAGGCCUAUGACUCAGUGUCUUGGUCCUUCUUGGAUUAUAUGUUGCUUAGAUUGGGUUUCUGCCAAAAAUGGAGAAGAUGGAUCUCAGCUUGCCUACAUUCAGCAACCAUAUCAGUUUUGAUUAAUGGUAGCCCAUCUAAGGAGUUCAACCCCUCAAGAGGCUUGAGGAAAGGAGAUCCUUUAGCCCCCUUGCUCUUCAAUAUAAUUGGGGAAGGUCUCACUGGUAUGAUGAGGGAAGCAAAUGUUCAUGCUAUAAAGGCCCUACUUAGAGGCUUUGAAUUGGCUUCUGGCUUGAAGAUUAACUUUGCUAAAAGUCAAUUCGGGAUCAUAGGAGGUGGAGUUAAUUGGGGUUUGGCAGCAGCUAAUAUCCUGAACUGCAGUCAAAUGAAUUACCCCUUUCACUAUUUAGGCAUUCCCAUUGGUGCCAAUCCUUCCAGUCUGAUGAAUGAGGGGGGAUUGGGUAUAAAGGAUAUUUCGAAGUUCAAUGUAGCCUUGAUGGGUAGAUGGAUAUGGGCUUUUGCAUCUGGUCAGCAGCAGCUUUGGGUAAGAGUUCUAAUCUCUAAAUAUGGUGGAUGGCCUGAGUUCCAGCAUGAUACAGAUAAGAGGGGAUUUUCUCAUUGGUGGAGGGACCUUAGAAAGAUAUUUCACCAGUCAGAUCACAAUAUCUUCAAGCACCAAUUGACUUGGAAAGUGGGAUGUGGGGAAACAAUCAAGUUCUGGACAGACAAGUGGCUAGGGGAAGAUUAUACCCUUGAACAGAAAUAUAAUCAGCUUUUUCUGAUUAGUAGGCAGCAAAAUUCUCUCAUCUCAAAUAUGGGAGAAUUUAAUCAUGAUAGCUGGGAAUGGAACCUUAGAUGGAGAAGGAACUUAUUUGAUCAUGAAAGUGAUUUAGCUGUGCAGUUUAUGGAAGAAAUCUACUUUGUCCCUAUACAGCGACAUAUCAAAGACUCUAUGUUGUGGUUGGCUGAACCCCAUGGCCAAUAUACUACUAAAUCAGCUUAUAGAUUGUGCAUUAACCCCAGAUUAGACCAAACAUACCUACGUGAGGUGGCGAAGGAGAAGAAGCACAGACUUCUGACGAUGCUCGAGUGCGACGAACACGAUGCUCGACCUUAG